CAUGGAUGAGGACAGUGUACAAAUCAGUCAGUGCACAAUCUUGCUGAAGUCCUGGGGUGUUGGAAGGCUGGAAUUAGAGAAGGUUGUGUCAGAGCAUGAGUAGACACUGUGGGCAGAGGGUGUUUAUACUUCUCUUGCCCCUGGGGGGGCAUAUGAUAGGAGGUAUCAGUGAAGAGAGGAAUUGUGUAUGGGUUGAGCUGGACCUUUGGAAAGGGAUGAGGUCACCAAGUGACCAAGUGUAGAAGGAGGGAAAGGAGGAGAAGCAGAAAUAAGAAUGCUGAGUGUCAAGAGGUAUAUUUUCUGAAGAGUCUGAAGGGUAAGUGGAGAGGUGAGAAUCAGGUUCUGCAAACCAAGGAUGGAAAGGGGACAAGAGGAAGUGGUACAAAGAAAAACUGCAGGCAAAAGACAACUGAAAUCAUUCAAAGGCCAUAGAGAGACCUUUAAAAUAGAGACAGCAACACUGUCCUUACUGCCACCAUCAUCUGAGGGGACAUUCAUCUCCUAAUAGGUGCCCCCUCCUCUGGUCUCCUUCCAUUAGUCCAACCUCCAUAUACAAAGGGAUUUUACUCUCCAGCCGAUGAACAUUCCUGAAGAUUUCCCGUCGUCUGCAGGAUAAACCCCCAAGUGCACAACAGUCCUUCAGGAACUAGUGCUAGACUCUGUCUCCAGUUUUAUUUUUUAUAUUCUGCCCUUUACUCCAGCCACACGUGGGUGGAUUUUCAUGACUUUGUACACUCUUCUUUUUUGGACUGUUCUUUCCUUCUGUACAUAACUAACUAAAGUCUACUCAUCUUUCAAUAUCCAGCUCACAGAUUGGCAAGGGAUUAAUAUGUAAUCCAUGCACUUAAUGAGUCUUUUGUAUCAUUUCAGAUCACCCCACACAAAUUACUGCCUCCUUUGGCAACUUCAUGGCCCGCAUACACAAUGUGACUGAAUUCAUUUUCCUAGGACUUUCUCCCAGCCGGGAGGCGCAGAAAGUUUGUUUUGUGCUAUUUCUGCUUUUGUACACAGCAGUUGUGCUGGGGAAUUCCCUCAUUGUGCUCACUGUCAUGACCAGCAGAAGUCUUGGUUCUCCCAUGUACUUCUUCCUCAGCUGCCUGUCCUUUGUGGAGAUCUGCUACUCCUCUACUACGGCCCCCAAACUCAUCUCAGAUUUGCUGACUGAAAGAAAAGCAAUAUCACUGUGGGGCUGCAUGACACAGCUUUUCUUUAUGCACUUCUUCGGUGGUGCUGAGAUCUUCCUGCUCACUGUGAUGGCCUAUGACCGCUAUGUGGCCAUCUGUAGGCCCCUCAACUACAGGACUAUCAUGAACCGGCAAGUGUGUGUUGUCCUGGUGGGAGUAGCAUGGGUGGGGGGCUUUGUGCAUUCCUUUGCCCAAAUCCUCCUGCUCUUCCACUUGCCCUUCUGUGGCCCCAAUGUGAUUGACCACUAUUUCUGUGACCUGCUUCCCCUGCUCCAACUUGCCUGCUCUGACACCUUCCUCGUCGGUCUGCUGAUUGUUGCCAACGGGGGGACCUUGUCUGUGAUCAGCUUUGGGAUCAUCUUAGCCUCCUAUGUGGUCAUUUUACUCCAUCUGAGGACUCGAAGCUCUGAGGGGCGGAGUAAGGCCCUUUCCACCUGUGGGUCCCAUAUCAGCGUGGUUACCUUAUUCUUUGGGCCCUGCAUCUUCAUCUAUAUGAGGCCUUCCGCCACCUUGUCUGGAGACAAGAUGGUGGCCGUGUUCUACACCGUCAUCACGCCGCUCCUCAACCCUGUCAUCUACUCCCUGAGAAAUGCUCAAGUGAAGAAGGCCAUGAAGAAACUGUGGAUCAGGACAACGAAGCUAGAUGAGAAAUAGAGGCUGACUCUUGGUAUUGAUCCUUGGGUUUAGAAUGAUGCUGAGUCCAAACUGAAGGGGCAGAAUGGGGUGAAGGAAAGGUCACAGCACUUGUUAUUUCUGGAGUAAUUGUAAUGGUCUCAUCUCCCAACACUGUAUUCAAAUGACCUGUGAGAUAGUUCCUCUUAUGGAUAUAUCUAUAACUUGAUUGCCCAUUUUCUGUUAGAUGUUUAGAUUGUUUCUAACUUUUUUAUUGCUAUAAAUAACACUGUGUUAAGUAUUCUUGAAUGGAAAUCUUUAUACUUCUGAAAUUCUGUUUGACUCACUCGCUAUAAUGAAUUUACUGUGUUAAAAGGGAUAAUGACCUUGAUGUAUAGUGUUAAAUUGAUUCUUAGAAAGAUUGUAGGGGCGUCUGGGUGGCUCAGUUGGCUGAGUGUCCAACUCUUGAUUUAAGCUCAGAUCAUGUUCUCACAGUUCGUGAGUCCCAGCCCUGCUUGGGGCUCUAUGCAGUCAGUGCAGAGUCUGCUUGGGAUUCUCUCUCUCUCUC